AUGGACGAUAUCAAGAGCAAGUUCAAAGCAAUAGUAACAAAGAGAAGGAUCCCCGUAUCGAUACUUCUAGUAGGACAAGAUUAUUAUUCAUACGAGCGACUACCCAAACCCAAGACGUUCAAUCUAAUUCUAUCUCGUCCGAAAAAACGACGCGAUGCCCUCUCCUCCUCAUUACUACCCCGUUUACCUACAGAAAUCAUCUAUAACAUCUUAUCAUUCCUCCCUGCCGCCUCCGCAGCAUGUUUCUCAAUCUCCUCAUUGCAAGUCCUACAACUAGUCGGAACAGGAUACAUGGACAACGUCCUCCGCGAAAAUGCAAAUUCCCUCGCCUUCGUCAGCCUCUGGACAAGAGAUCUCCGCUCCCAAGUCUUCUGCAGAGACUGCAAAACUCUCUACAAAAGACGGGCCCUGAAAUAUCUCCUACAUCGAUACGGUUUAGUAAGCUACUGCGAACUCGAACGCCAGAUAGCCCAUUUCAGAUUCACGGCCAGGGGUGUCAUCGAUUCCGAACGCAUUUUUCCAAUGUCUCCUACUAUCAUGGGUGAUUUAAUGCGUGAAGUCGAAUGUCAGGAGCAUCCAAUCGAUAUCGAUAAAUCACGAUAUCCUGUUCCAAUGGGCGAUCUAACCGGAUCCCGCACUGGAAAUUACGUCAAUCAUGUGCGAGCAGAUGUCGCAAUGGUCGAUGGUUCUGUGCUUUUCCGUCUGCAGGAUACGUAUAUCAAUCUUGAACCGGAGAGAACAUACAAAACCAUGUUCCAAACCUGUCGCCAUAUCCAAGUGCAAAUAGAAACACAUAAAAAUUUCGUCCAUGCAUUUAAGCUCGGCAGCGCCACCGGGAAUUACUGGAGAACGAAACAAUUCCGAAUAGCGAAGGAAGAUGCAUCUGAGAGCUCAGCAUCCUUUGACUGUCCCGCUGUGAAUUGCGAUGAUAAAUAUCAUAUUCAAUUUGAGCGCCAUGCUGGACAGGGCAUCCUAGUAUCGCUCACCCGACGGGUAAAUCUGGGGAAUUCAUCAAGUGGCGAGAGAUGGAGAGAAUUCUGCCAUGUGAGAGAGGCAAGCAAAGAAGCGGAUCAUACAGGACGUCUUGUGUUGACUAUUGGAGAGGAAGCUACAAGACAACAUAAAUUAGCUGAUACACCCUAUUAUACCGAGAGGUAUUCACUUUCGCCAUCGGCUAUUAGAGAUGUUGUGUUGCUGGCUCGGGAAAAUUUAGCAAAGGCAGGGAGGUAUAGUCUUUUGGGACUCAGGGAAAUCGUACCGAAUUUGAAAUCAUACAAUAGCUAG